AUGUCUUCGCGCGGUCUUCCCGACGUCUUGAUGCAAAAGGUCGACGAUUAUGUCGAUUCGCUGGCGCCCCAGAUCCAGCCCCGCAUCGCCUCCGAACUUGAAGUCUUCCAACAAAAGACUAUCGACAGCCUGGAAACCCAGGUCGUAGACGCUUUUCGUUCAUUGUUCGGUAAAGACAGGCCGUCUUCGUCGGAUGGCAGCCGAUCGGGCCCUUGGAAUCUCAAUGACGCAGCACCCGACGCCUAUGGUGGACAGUCAUUGCCUUUUGCGGAUGAAAUCGCCAAGUUGACGCGUAGCUUCGGUCAGAUUUCUGAUGAAGCGGGCGGGGAUUUGCGCGAUAUAUUCGAUCUUACGGAGGGGAACCGAGGAGGCCCAGAGCAGUCUCGAUCUGUAGACGGGGAUUUCUCGUCUGGAGCUCGAGGUUUCCUUUCAUCGGCUCUGAAUGUCGUGCAAGAUCAUUUCGACGAAAGAGGGUCAAAGGGUGGUCAGUCCUUUGAGAUUGGGGGUCUUCUCGGUAUGAUCAGUAGCACAAUCAAGGACGCAUCUCAGAACCCCGAGGAGAAGGCGAGACUUAUCAGCCCAGAGAUCAAGCAGACAGUUGGUGACAAGUUACGUCAACAGCACGCGCCUCUCGCUGAGCAGUUCACCCGCAUAGCUCUGGAACACAUCAAGCGCUGGCUUCGUGGAAACACAAGCACGCGCGACUUGGGUGAUGGUGCGAAAGCCGAGAUUGCCGAACAGGUGGGCGACCUGGUGAAGGGCCUUGGAAAUUUGUUCGGGAGCAAAAAGAGCAGCAAUGAGGAGACAUCGAGAGGCUUUGAUGACUCUGGUCGUGAUGGCGAGAGCAGUAGUGGUGGAGGCUUCUCCCGCGUCAUCAGUGACAAGCUCAGCACGGGUCUCGCCAAAGUCCACCGAGAAGUUCGGUUAGAGUUCCGCAAGAUCCUCGGAGCAAUCGAGAAACAACUGUUCGAAUUGUUACCUGAUCAAUUCCAACGUCCGCUCGAGAAGAUACUAGGUGGAAAUCCUUUCGAUUCACAGCUCGACCGCGACGCGUCCGGUCCAGCAGAUCGCGGGUUUGGAGAUGACAUCAAGUCCAAAUUGCUCUCCAAGAUCCGUGCUUUGGUACAAAAAGUACAAGAGACACUUCGAGAAAGCAUACUGGGUGUAGUCAAUGGUGGUCAUCGCAAGUUUGAGCGUCAGAGCUGGGUCUUCGUGCAGGGCAUGGUAGAACAGAAAGUACAAAGGUACCUGCCAGACGUCAAGAUCAACGUCCCAGACGAUAUCGGAAACGAGAACGUUACCAACCUCCGUCACAACCGCCACACGGUGACCAUCGUCCGCCCCCCACGUCUGGCAGUUACAGUGGACAGGAACAUGUGCCGCAGGGAUACAACAACCCCCCACAGUACCAGAGCCAUGAUCAAUACCGAGAGGAGCCUAGACGCGAGUACCAAGAUCACCAGGCGUCACAAUACCCACCGCCUCAAGACUAUCGACCCGAGCAUCACGGGCCACGUCAUGAAGGCUAUGCUCCUCAGCAAUAUCAACCACCUCAACAUCACCGCCCUGAAUCAUAUCCAUCUCAGGACUACCGAUCUGAGCACCAUGCCCCACCCACACAGGGUUACCAUCAAGGACCUCCAGACUAUCGUUCGGAGCAGUACCCACCAUCACAACAAGGCUACCCUCAACAAGAGUAUUCUCAGCGUGACUACCGCGGUGACGGGUAUCGGAGGCAGGACUAUUAAAAGAGUCGCGUAG